UCUUUAAUAGAGGAUCAAAUACUAAAAAUGUGUUGUCGUUCGUCGUCUCCCUAAAUUGGUCCGUCAGGCAUUCUCUCUGGCCUUUAAAGUUCAGUUCACUCCGAUUCUCAGUCUCGUUUCCGUCGGAUUCUCUCUUUCUGGUGACCGGAGUUCCGCCGCUUGAGUUUAAUCCUAUCGAAGACAAGGUUUACAGAAGUGCAAGCGCUUCCCAUCAAUCAUGUCUAGAGAGGAUUUGAGUGAUACUCUUCGGAUACUUGUUGCAACUGAUUGCCACUUGGGCUACAUGGAGAAGGAUGAAAUAAGGCGCCACGAUUCCUUCAAGGCUUUUCAAGAGAUUUGCUCUAUUGCUGAGGAUAAACAGGUGGACUUCUUACUCCUUGGAGGUGAUCUUUUCCAUGAGAAUAAACCCUCUCGAACUACGCUUGUUAAAGCCAUUGAGAUUCUUCGUCGCCAUUGCCUUAAUGAUAAACCCGUCCACUUUCAAGUUGUCAGCGACCAGACUGUCAAUUUUCAAAAUGCGUUUGGUCAUGUAAAUUAUGAGGAUCCACACUUCAAUGUAGGCUUGCCCGUCUUUAGUAUUCAUGGAAACCAUGACGAUCCAGCUGGAGUGGACAACCUUUCUGCAAUUGAUAUCCUCUCAGCAUGCAACCUCGUGAAUUAUUUUGGAAAGAUGAAUCUUGGUGGUUCAGGUGUUGGCCAGAUUUCUCUCUACCCUAUACUUAUGAGGAAGGGUUCAACAACUGUGGCUCUCUAUGGUUUAGGAAACAUCAGGGAUGAACGUCUCAACAGAAUGUUUCAGACCCCACACGCUGUCCAAUGGAUGAGGCCUGAAGUUCAAGAAGGAUGUGACGUUUCUGACUGGUUCAAUAUUCUGGUGCUUCAUCAAAAUAGGGUGAAAUCAAACCCCAAAAAUGCAAUAAGCGAGCACUUUCUUCCUCGGUUCCUCGACUUCAUUGUGUGGGGCCAUGAGCAUGAAUGCCUUAUCGACCCCCAGGAGGUAUCUGGAAUGGGCUUCCACAUCACACAACCAGGAUCUUCUGUGGCAACAUCACUGAUUGAUGGGGAAUCAAAGCCAAAGCAUGUUCUUCUCUUAGAAAUCAAGGGCAAUCAAUAUCGUCCUACGAAGAUACCUUUGACAUCUGUGAGGCCUUUUGAGUAUACAGAGAUUGUUUUAAAGGAUGAAGAUGAUAUUGAUCCCAAUGAUCAAAACUCAAUUCUCGAACACUUGGAUAAAGUGGUCAGAGAUCUAAUAGAAAAAGCAAGCAAAAAAGCUGUCAACAGAUCAGAUAUCCAGCUCCCCUUGGUUCGAAUCAAGGUAGAUUACUCUGGAUUUAUGACGAUAAAUCCUCAAAGAUUUGGACAAAAAUAUGUGGGAAAGGUUGCAAAUCCCCAGGACAUUUUAAUAUUCUCCAAAGCUUCUAAGAAAGGUCAACGCGAAGGCACCAUCGAUGAUUCUGAGCGGCUCCGUCCAGAAGAACUGAACCAGCAAAAUAUAGAAGCACUAGUAGCUGAAAGCAACCUGAAAAUGGAGAUCCUUCCAGUUAACGAUCUUGACGUUGCUCUUCAAAAUUUUGUGAACAAGGAUGAUAAACUAGCUUUCUACUCAUGCGUUCAGUACAAUCUUCAAGAGACUCGUGGUAAACUUGCAAAAGAUUCAGAUGCCCAGAAAUUUGAGGAGGACGAUCUGAUUCUUAAAGUGGGAGAGUGCUUAGAGGAACGCUUGAAAGAUAGGUCAACUCGACCCAGUGGUUCCUCACAGUUUUUAUCCACUGGAUUGACAUCAGAGAAUUUGACGAAAAGAAGCAGUGGCAUAGCGAAUGCUUCUUUCAGUGAUGAUGAAGACACGACUCAGAUCUCUGGUUCAGUGCCUGCCACUAGAGGACGGAGAGGUUCAUCCACUGGUACAUCUCGUGGCAGAGCUAAAGCCCCAACCAGAGGAAGAGGCCGAGGCAAGGCCUCAAGUGCGAUGAAGCAAACCACUCUUGAUGGUUCUCUUGGUUUGCGCCAGUCUCAGAGAUCUGCUUCAGCUUCCUUCAAAAGUGCUUCUACCAUUGUAGAAGACGAUGUAGAUUCUCCUUCAAGCGAAGAAGCAGAGCCUGAAGAUCUUAACCAAGUUGACAGCAGUUCGGAGGAGGAAGAGAACACUAGAGGCAAAGGACGGAAAAGACAAGCUACUACUAAGAGAGGCAGAGGUAGAGGUACGGUGACAUCAAAACGUGGUAGAAAAAACGAAAGCUCUUCUUCACUUCAUAGGCUGCUCAGUAGCAAAGACGAAGACGAGGACGAAGAUGAUGAAGAUAUUGAAAAGAAGCUAAACAGAUCUCAGCCUCGGGUUACAAGGAACUAUGGAGCUCUAAGAAGAUAAAAUGGCAAGCUCUCCGACGUCCCAGCUCACAACGAAGCUUUAUAGUGUGUUCUCUUCAUUUGUAGCGACUUCUCACGCCAAAUAACGCUGAAAAGAGCAACCAAACACUGAUGAGUCUUUGUGAAAUGUGUAGUGAGAAUUUUGUAGUGUACUUUUUACCGUGCUCUUUUUGAGUUUUGUUGUUGAUCAAUGAGGAAAUAUAUUUUAUAUCAGACAUCUCCGUCCAACAUGGUUUGUGUCAGUAAUAUGUAAAGAGCGAUCUAAAUAUAA